CCAUCUCAAAACUAUUCCAUGUAAUAUCAUACUCUUUAACUUUGGAUAUGUAUCGAAAAGUUGUAUUUUUUCAGUGCUUUAAAACCAUCUCAUUACGUCGGCUAAUGUUACUUCUGUAUUUCAGUUGCCAAAUAUGGCCGGCAACGGGAGACAAGAGAAUGAAAACAUCGCAAGGGAGGAGCCAAUGGAAGACUGUCACCACUACCAUCAGGGUGAAGUGAGAUGGUGUCUUCAGGAGCCAGGGAGACAGUGUCACCAUCAUCAGGAGCGGCAGAAAUAUUAUUCCAACCAGCUGGAGGCGACACUCCGUGGGUGCCAUCAACAGCAUCAGCAGAGGCUGGUGCACCAGCAAACCCCUGCCACGUCUUGCCCUGCAGCCUCCACCCUCCAUUGUCAGCUGUGGAAGCGACGGACGCAAGUGCCUCAGAUGGUACUGCCGUCGCUGGCCAUGUACUGUCUCCUGCUGGUGGGGUCGUUGGUGACGCCAUGCGCCGCCAUCUGCCCCAACAACUGUACAUGCGAUGAUGAGGCUCUUGUUGUUCGCUGUGAGCCAUCAAAUAUUGAUGUUCUCCCAUUUACCUUCAAUCCAGCAUUACAACAGCUCACCAUGUAUGGCACUGAAAUACACACACUAGAUACCAAUUCACUGCUUUGGUACUUGGACCUACGACAUGUCAAUCUCAGCAAAAAUAUGAUCAUGCGGGUAUUGCCAAAAACCUUUGAGCAUCAAUCACAUCUAGAGGAACUCCAUUUGGCACAGAACAACAUUAGUGACUUGGCAGCUGAAAUGUUCCUGGGACUCUCCAAUCUCAUUGUUCUCUCUUUACGUGGUAAUGCAAUUGAAUCAUUGAAAGGCGGAGUCUUUAUCCAUCUGAAUCAACUGAGGGACCUUGACCUUUCUGAAAAUCGAAUAGAGAGAUUAGAUGAGCAAGCACUCUCAGGAUUGUCCAACUUGCGAGUUUUGCAUCUUCGUGACAACCGAUUGACUGUAAUACCAGCCACAAACCUUGCACUUGUAUCAGACUUAGCAGAGCUCAGUCUUGGUGGUAAUAAUUUCACAGAGGUAAAGGAAGGUGAUCUACAGUCUAUGAUAACUCUAAAGGACCUUGACCUCUCUGGGGCAUUCUUGGAUGAAGGCCUUACUGUCGAUUCCUUUGAAGGUCUUUCAGGAUUACGGAAAUUGAAACUAGAAGGAUGUGGACUAAAAUCUAUUCCAACAACUCCACUCAAUACCCUCAGCAAAUUAGAAGAACUACAUAUUGGUCGAAAUUUGUUUACCAAUUUACCAUCAGAUGCAUUCAGAAGUAAUCGGAAUUUACACUCGCUCUAUGUAUCAGGAUGUCCAAAUUUAGUCUAUAUGGAAAAAGGUGUUUUGCAACAUAAUUUGAAUAUUAAGCAGGUAGUGAUCACACAGAAUCCACAAUUAACAUACAUAGCUCCAGAUGCCCUUCGUUUUCUGCCAGAACUGAGUCUCUUGGACCUCCAUAACAAUAAUCUUCAACAAAUCAGUGAACAUGCAGCAUCUUGGGCAGAUAUUGAUGUUUGGCACCUUGAAGGAAAUCCUAUAACUUGUAACUGUUCUGCUGCAUGGCUUCGUGAACUAACCCUGACCCCGAAUUCAAGUGCAAGUCUGAAGUGUGCAUCUCCACCUCGCCUGGCAAAUGUGCCACUGCAUUCCACGCAAAUGAGCGACCUGGCAUGUGGCAUGGAUCCAGCUACACAAGGACUGGUUAUUGGCCUUGUAGUUUGUGUUAUUGUAAUUGUGGUAGCAGCAGUGGUGGUUAUGAUGCUGUAUCGUCACCAUGGCUCAUGUGUGCAUCGCCUCCUCAAAGGGCACCACAUAGGAGGACGUGGCAGUGGGUGUGAUCACCAUCCUUACACUCAUAAUUAUCAUCCAGCUUAUACCAUGACACCUACUAAGCCCGUGCCUGUUACAGAACUCUAGCAGUCAGCCCGAUAUUGAGCCAAAGACUCGGAUCUCUUUGGGUUGAGCCAAUUCAGUGAAUACAGUGUGGUAUUGUAAAAUUAAUGUACUGAAAUGUGGUACUGUUCUGGCAGUGCUUUGAACAAUAAAGUGUGAGCCCAGACAGAAAAAUGAUGUUCAGCCAUAGUUCAGAAAAUAUGGCUCUAAUAUAAACAUUAAUGCAUUUAGUAUGCAAUAUAAUGUUUUUAAAUGGAAGUUGUGUUAUUUGUUCUUCUUUGCAGUGCCUGUCUUCCAUACCUUUGGAGACUCAUGCCUUUGAUUCCUUAUGACUCUUCAUGUUGCCUAUGUAUAGUCAUCCAGGUAUUUUCCCAGACCAGAUGGCAUGCUGUCAAAGAUAUAAAAUAGAAAACACAUAGGUUAAAAAUAAAUUCCAUAGGGAUAUAGUUUCUUCUAAAUCCUGUUGUGAUACUGUUUUAUUUGGAAGGAUUAAAAAUGGAACACAGUAACUUCCUUAAAAGUUAAUCUAGUCUUUUUUAUUUCUCUUUCAAUGAUAGGUGUAUAUUGCCUUAUCAAAGACUUUGGACAUUUUCUUGUAUUCCUUAAGUCCCUGUGAUAGACCUAUCAUACAUGCUCUUUCUAAGAAUAUUUGAAGUAUUGUAGGAUUUUUAACAUAUUGUGUGAGUAUCCAGUACAUAUUACAGACUGUGAUCAUCUUCACUUGUAGCAAGGAGAUUCUUCACAGUGGAAUACACCAUAUAUGACCAGAUUAGCAAUAAUGGGUUUAAAGUUCAUGUAUGUUAGCUUCUUUUUUUUUCCAAAAAAAAGAAUGCACUAUAGAAGUCAUAUGUGAAAGUUAUUAAUGAUUUGCUGAGAAUGUCAUAUAUGUAGCAGGUUGUGUCAGGCUUAUGAAACUAGGAAGAACUGGUAGCAAGAACUCCAAAUACAAUUGGGGCCAAAGCUCCUCUAAAAUUAACAUUUCAAAACUCGUUGAUUAAAUAAUCAGUAUGGUUUCUCUCUUUUUUUUUUUCAUACACAACACAAAGAAAAGAGGAGACAUAGUGAAGCAAUACCAAAGGUUUAACAUAAUCAAGAUGUCAUUUAUGUUUGUCCAUUUUUGAAGACAUUUGAGAAUAACAAACAUAGCAGUAAGAUAUUUAUAUUUUCCUCAAUUUGCAUAAUUUGCAAUUUUAUAAAUGCAUCUUUUAUAUAAAAAUGUUUUAAGGUUUUCAGUAUAGCAUACAAUUUUAAAUUUCUGAACAGUGUUACGGAAAGAGUAAAUUGAGUAGAAAACAUGUCACAAACUUUGACUGGAUAUAAUGAUAUAUCCAUAGCUCCCAUGUUCACAAGAGUUCAUUUGGAGCUAUGAAUGUCACUCAAGUUUCACUGGGUUGUUGCUGUUGGCCUGCAACCGAGUAUCUGGUUACAUUCAAGAAAGUUGGGUAAUAUUGUGGCAGACCAAGGGGCUCUUUAUCACAUGUAUACAUUACCAAGAUACAGUAGGGGUGGUAGGAGAAGACAAUAUUAAAUUAUUCAGGGAUAAUCUACAAGGUCUUCUCUGAAUGCCCUUUAUUCUCUUCUCCAAGGCUUUGGGUCCCUACAAUUGCACUAGUGGUGGUACCCCUAUCUGUAUAGGAUACAGAUGUUUUAACAAUCAAAUUUUAUAUACCCAUGUGAAAUUUUCUUUCACAUGUGUCAUAAAAUAGUGCUACCACAUUAUCCAAACUUAUGAGCACCAUUUGUAAAUUGGUUUCAUGGGAGCAUACGGUAAUGAAUUUUUUUAAUAACUACCAAAAAAUGUGCAAAUUUGACAGUAGAAUUCUUGAAUUUUUGUGUGUAAUUUAGUGGGAAGCUCAUCAAAUUUACAGCUCUAGAUCUUAGAUUUGAUUCCAUGAGCUGACUGUGAUCAGCAGAGUUUGCUUGUAAUAAAAUACAUGCAAGGUUGGCGACUCCAUCAACCUUGGCUGUGGACAAGCUUACUCUACACCUUAAAUGUUUCUACUCCAGUUAGUGGUAGGGAAUCACAUGUUUAAACUACUAAUUGUUCAUAAAACACGCUUCAUAGCUAUACAAGUCGGUAACCUCUUCAAUUUCAUAGCUAUGUCCUAAUUAGCAAAAAUAUAAUUUCAAACAUCUUCAACUUAAUAACUUUCAGAAGAUGAAUAGUAUUGUUUUUAUGAGAUUUUCUAUUAGAGCACCCUGGAUUACUAAAUAUCACUGACAGCCUUUGAAAGUUCUUAUCUCACCCUGUAAAUCCUUAUUAAGAUAUUCAGGAAAUGCUAUAUUAAAACACCGCCCCUGAAGUAAUUAUGUCAGGCCAGACCAAAGAUGUGCUUUUGUGUUCUAUGCAACUCUGGUAGAUGUAGUUAAAUCAGUCAACCAUCACUUGACGAGUUAUGCAAAUAGAUAAGGCGCUGUGUAAUUCUUCUGGGCUAGCCUGCAAACUUGUCUAGAAAUGGUUUUAUUAUUAUUUUGUGUUUUAAUGCCAGUUAUUUAUCAUUGGACUUUUAUAGAUCUUUGUACAUUCCCACUGUAGGUGUUAAAUAAUUUUAUAAAAUGCAAUGAACAUUGAUUUACUCUUUUUUGAGGGGUUUCAAUAAAAUGUAUUGCUUCAGUCCUAGCAGUAUGUAUAAAAGUGAGCCUAUCCUUUGUAACUCUAGAGAUCAGUGAUUUAUACUUCUUUAUUAAGAUAAGUCAAACCUUUUUAAAUGUUUAUUAUAUGGCACUUUUAUUUUUCAAGGGAACUUCUAGUAAAGUAUGAAGCCUUUAACAAAUACAAUAUAUUAAAUGCCUUAACUACUAGUCCAUAUGUAACAUGCAAAAUUUAUACAUUAUUUGCAUGAAAUAAGAAAAUAUUUAGUGAACCAAUAACAUGAAAAUUCAUUAAAAGGAAAAAAUAGUUAUAAUUUAUUCCCAUUUUGGAUAUAGGCUACUUACCAAGACAAUGGAAGAUCCUUUGUAAAGAAGUGCAUCAUAUAUAAUAGACCCCUGUAAGAAAAAUAUACAAUGUUUUUCAUACCCUUUAUAUAUUUGUGCAACUUGUCCACUUUUGUGAGUUCAUAGGGUAAGGCUCCCAGUUUUUUAAUAAUUACUUGUAUAUAACGUAUAUAAAUAUAUAUAUAUACUUAGUUUCCACACAUUUUGUGGAUUUUCAAGAUAUUCUCUUUCAACUACAAAGUUCUUAUGAAUCCUUUCUUGUAGUUCAAGAUUAGGUAAUGAUACAUAUAAUCAUUUUUCCCGGAGCACCAGUUGUGUAUUCAACAUAUCAAAAUGUAUCAUGGUUAAUGAUUAGCAGUAAACCAUUUCUUCAAAAUAUUUUUCACAAUGAGUACUAUAUUGUCAAACUUAAAUUGCUGAUAUUACUAUUAGCUAACAAUACUAUCAAUAACAGUAUCAUUCAUUUACUAAGCAUUUAAAACUUGGAACCUUUUAAUUGUGGAGGGGCAUUUGCAACAAUAAUGUUCUCAAUAUUAUAAAGAACAUUUAACAUUAGGAAAUAUUAAUACAUCUGUAAUAACACACACAUAGUGUAAGUACAGUAUCAAAGUAGCUGCCUGGUAGAAUAAUUUGUAAAGAUUAGCAUUUGUUUUAAAGGCAUUAAAAAAUUGUGAUACAAACCUUUUUAUAAGAAUAUUUAAUACAGUAUAAAACUGGAAAACCUAUUUUUCUUAUUAAUUUGAGUUUCCAUGUUUUUAAACAUGUAAGAUUAGAUUAGUAAUGGAUAAAAAAAAACAUAUCCAAAAAUUUUCAUUAAAUUUAAAAACUUAAAAAAAAAAUAAUCUUAACUUUACCGAACUAUUCCCUUAUCAUACACUAUAGAAGGUAGGAAAGCAUGUUUAAAUAUAAUUAAAUCAUCUUUAAAUUAAGAACUAAUGGAUUAUAUCAAUGUCAAUCCAGUUGGUUUUAUAUCACAUAGGACUCGGUCUCUCCCUCAGUAAUGACUUUUUUCCAACUUAACCAACAAAGCUAUAGCCAUACUGGUUUAGCUUUGUUCUGAUAAUUAUUUUACUUUAGAUUUGGCCUACUUCAUUUUAUAAACCUAUGCAGUAUAAUUUAUUUUUAAUUAGUACUAUAUACCAUGUCUAUCUUCUUUACUGAUUGAUUUUACUUUCUUUCCUUGCGCAAUUGGCUAUGCUGUACUAUACUGUAUUUGCCUUUCUCAAUGGAUAUAAGUUUUGACUUUUGCUUCUGGGAUAGCUGAUACAUUAUAUGGAAAAAAAUUUAACAAUGGGUUUGAGUACUCAGGGGUCAUGUUCAGUACUUUGCUUGAAUGUAAAUACCUAUCUUAUGUAAUCUCACCAACUCAUUGUACCUUCUUGCAAAUAAAUCAUUAUUAUUAUUAUUACUUAGAUUAUUUUCAGAAGUGUAGUCACUGCUGACAUUUUUCUAACCCCCACUAAUAAGCAUAAAGCCACAUAGCCAAUUUGAGGUGAUCUCAAUCCAUUAAAUUUGAACCCUGUAAGUACUCUUGAAACAUCUCUUAAGACUUUGACAGUUGGAUGGUGUGGGUAUAUUCUAAAGCCUUUCAUUACAGUCGGAGAGUUCCCAGAGAGCAAAAAUCCACAAAAGAUGCUAAUCUGCACAUUAUUUUUGUGAGCUUUAUAUUAUUAUAUAUGAGAGCUUCACAAGACCUAUAGUAAAACUCCAUCAUAGUUUAACACUGAGCCAGGGGGUAAAACAUGCUAAAUCAAUGUUGGACCACUUAAUCAAUGUUGGACCAAUGUUGAUUCAUUGUUACAUCAACAUUGUUUUUCCCAGAUUUGCUAUGGGAGGUAGGAGAGUGAAAAUCAACAAUUUUUUGAGUACUGUAUUCAGAAAUUUGGUUGAAUAUUUAAAUGAUUAGUUGGUAUUUACUACUACAGUUUGUUCUGGCCAUUACUUACCAAUUCAUCUGUAAUCAGUUUAAAUGGUAAGUAAUGCUCAACAAAAUUUAAACAGCAUUCUUCUGAAGUAUUUAAUAAAUAAUCAAUUAUUAUUUAAUUAUAAUAUAAAUGAUGAGUGUUGUACAAUAUAUAUAUAUAGUACAAUACUAUAUAUCUUACUAGGCAAAUGCCCCUCCAAUAAUUCCCACAACGAAAUUUUAUCAAGAUUCCAAGUAUUGCACAAUUACAACACUGCAGUGAUAGCUUAAAAGGACUUUAAAUAAUACUGGGAAAUUUCUAUAACUUUUCACCAAAACCAUAAAUCAUUACUUGUGAAUAUUGGAUGCUCUUAAUAUGCUAAUAAAAUUAUAUAUAUAUAUAUAGAGGCUUGGUAAAUAUAUUUUUGCAUUUUGACUGUAUACAGGUACAGUAUUUGAGUAUUACAAAAGUUAACAUGUUUAAAAACUCAUUGUUCCAUAUCAUACUGUACAUAUUUGAAACUAGUAUGCUCAGGUUUUUGUUAUUAUUUGAUGGUUUUGUGUUGAUAAAGCAAGCAUUUCCCAGUAUUACUCAGGGCAAACUUCCCUAAUAUUUUUCCGUCAGCUUUACCUGUAGUAAGGCUGUAACACCAUUUAUGGUGCCAUAUCUCUGGCAUGCUACUUAGUUGGCAGUGCCACAAAUGGUUUAGCUCAUACAUUGAUCAUC